CCCAUUUACAAUAUACCGCCUCAACCCGAUUUCCAUAAAGCGUUCAAAAUCAAUUUACGGUUCAACUUAGUGAAAUAAGUUAAACCGAGUAGUUCGCAACUUCUCUUGCUUCUUCUUCUCCUCCCUCUCGUGUUUGAUAAGACGAAAGAGUCGGAAAAAGAGAAAGAUCGGAGGAUGAGUGCCGAAGAUUUCCAGAAGAAGGUUUCCAUCGGAGAUUCCCCCGCCGGAGAAAUCGAAACCGAAUGUGGCGUUUCCGUAGGCGAGUCCAGCGUGGCCUCUCGAACCCUGGUUCUGCUUCGGAGUCUGCUGGAGAUUCAGCAGCGUCGAGCUCAGGCGUACGCUAAGCUCAAAAGUGGAUUCUCAGAGUAUGUGGAGUCUGGUGCUGAACCACUUUAUCAGAAGCUGUGCAGCGAGAUUACAGCAGAGUUCAGUGAAUGUUCGAAACAAGUGCGCGAAAUGGAAUCUCUGUUCCUGAAUCCGGAAGUUGGAAGAGCUGAUCUUGCUCAACUGCUCAGCGACAUUCAAACUCAAGAGAAGCAGAAAUUGCAUCUGACUGUUACAAAACAGGUACUGAAGAAGGCAGGGAGACCGUCCGAACGAAUGUUAACACAUGAGAACUGCAAGUUUAAGAAACCGAUGCAGCACGAGUGUGUGCAUCUUCAUGAGAUUACAGAAGCUGCAGGAACAGAGGAAGCAGAAGCAGAUGCAGAGUAUGAUAACGCUUUAAAGGAAGCCAUUAGAGGAGUGCAAGACGCUGUGACUAGCAUCAAUGAGUAUCUAGAAGACAUUCGGUACGAGAUUGAGGCCCUCGAAGCUGAUUAAUUCCUAUCACUUCUUUAACUUUCUACAGAAAACUUUCAGUGUUUUAAAAGCUUGGUUUGUUUAUAUUUUUUGGUAAUUUGUUAAAGCUUGGUUUAUUAGCUUCUAAAAAUACAGUAUUUACAAAAUGUGAAAAAUGUUAAAUGUGAAUGGAAUUUGCUUUAUGUUUUCGUAA